AGAGAGAGAGAGCGCGUGCCUGUGUUUCGAUUUGUUUCUCGAAAGACUCAAGCUUGGGUUAAUUUAAACACACUAAACUAAAAGCAUUCUUAAGAACAGAAUAACAAAUUCUUAAUCUUGAUACUAGUUUUUUUUGAAAAAAGAAACUAAGCUCUAAUUUCUUGCAUUAUCUUAUAGAGUAAGUCAGCUUACAGAGAUCGACAAGACACUGUUCGAUUCAGUAAUUUGAUUUAGAAAAGAAAAGAAGGAAGAAGAAUAAAUGUCUCCGAAGCAAAUUAGUGAAGAUCGAGGAUCUCCUCAUUUCAGGCAAACUCCAUUGCAGAUAAUACAUAUAAUAGGGAACUUGUUGAGAAUAUGGUCAGUUUACUCCAUGUAUCGAUAUUUGUCUCAGACUGGAGCUUCAGUCGUACUUUUUAUCUUCAGUUGUUUGGUUCCAUCGUGUAUCCUGUUUUUAGUUUUGCAAAAGCCUUGGAAGGGGAGACCACUCACUAGUCAACAGGUAGUGCCAUCCAUCAUAAAUGGUGCCAUAACUGCUCUAUACUUCAUCUUGUGGGGAAAGGGCCUCAAGUCUUGUGGACCGGUUAGAGCCAUAUUAGCGGAGUAUUCUGGUGCUGUUCUUGGAGUUUUAUCUGCCACAUUAUAUGGCCGGAGGAGCAAUCUUUGGAGAAAGGUAGGUGGGCUCAUUGCAAUGGUGGCAUCUUUCUACUUAUUAUCUCAAGGGUGGGCGAUGGCUACAUAUUCGCCACUUUCAUUUAAAGAAACUGUUGUUGGUGAGGAUCACACAGAAGAAGCUUUGAGUAUGAUGGAAAUGACAGUUCCAAUCCUUGCUGGUAUAUUAUCAACUUUAAGAAGGGUAAUUGCAAGACGUGUUUCACUCAAGAAUCAACUUAAAAGGAGGCUUCAUGCCAUAACCAUUACUUCUGCAACAUGUUUUCUGUUUCCUGUGGCCAUGUGGGACUUCAUUAUUGGAUCAACAUCAGGAAGCAUUGUAGAGCUUCCAUUUUCAGCUUGGGCAUUUCUGAGCACCAUUCUUUUUGGAGUUAUCUUGAUAUUUUAUGUUGACAGCAUUGCAGAGGAGAGACUGCACAUGGUUUUCUCUUCUCCAAGGCACUUACUGGUAGCUGGAGGAUGCAUCAUUAUCAUGGAGAUUGUAUACAAAAUGGACUUUUCUCUUCUGGGAUUCAUUUUUUGUUCCUUAAUUUUGGGCUUCGGUAUUUAUGAGGCAACUUCUUUGGAACGAAGUAAAAAGGGCUCUUUUCAGCAUUCAGAUCCAUCAGAUGGCAUCUUGGAAGAGCAAAUACAGAUGUCCUCACUUCCAACUUGAGAUGAAUAUGUCUCUCCUACGAAUUUGUCACAUGUACACAAAUGCUUUAACCAGGUAUCACAGCCAGUAAAUUGUUUCAUUUCUCAUGUCGUUAGAGGCAAUCAGAGUAUACAAUUGAAUAUUGGCAGAAAAAAGAAGUCUAUAGUUAAAAUCACUCGCGUUUAUAACUUUUUGCUGAUGGCUGAUUGCUAUUUGUAGUGAAGUGUAUAUAAAUCCUGUAAAUGCAUUUGAAGCACUUGAUUUUAUUUUUUUUGAA